CCGUCACGCGCGGCGCGUGUACGUGGGCGGCCUGCCGGCGGGCAUGUCGGAGGUAUCGCUGACGCAGCUGUUCAACAACGUCAUGAUGGCGGCAGGCGCCACGACGCAGCCAGGCGGGCCGGUGAUAUCGUGCUACAUGAAUAACGAGAAGCGCUUUGCAUUCCUAGAGUUUAGGUCUGUGGAAGAGACAUCUAACGCCAUGGCUUUUGACGGGUUGCAGUGCCAGGGUGAGACGCUCAAGGUGCGGCGGCCACAUGAUUACAAUCCCGCUGCCGCCAAGCUGCUAGGUCCAACGGAGCCCUCCGCAAAGAUUAACCUGGCAUUGCUGGGUGUGGUCAACACGCUGGUGGAGGACGGACCCAACAAGGUGUUCGUGGGAGGCCUGCCGGGCUACCUGUCAGAGGAACAGGUGCGUCAGAUCCUACAGGCGUUUGGGCCCCUGCGUGCCUUUAACUUGGUGACCGACCGGGACACGGGUGCCUCCAAGGGCUACGGCUUCUGCGAGUACGCCGACCCCAAUAUCACAGAUGUGGCCAUCCAGGGGUUGUCAGCGCUCAUCGUGGGCGGCAAGCCGCUUACUGUACGGCGCGCCAACACCGCCGGUGAAGCGUCCGCGACGUUACAGACUCUCAUUCAACAGCAACAGGCAGCUCUGGAUCUGGUGGAUGACGGCGAGUACAUGGACCUGAUGGAGGACGUGACACAGGAGGUCGGCAAGUACGGCAAGCUGGUGGGGGUGGAAAUACCGCGGCCACCCCCUGACGGUGGCCCCGACCCGCCUGGCGUGGGCUUUGUGUACCUGUGCUACGAGGACCCCCGCGGCGCUGAACGCGCGCAGGUGGCGCUGAAUGGCCGGAAGUUUGGUGACAACCUGGCUGAGGCCACGUUUUAUGACCGCUCGCGUUUCGACGCGAAGGACCUGUCUUGAAGGGCUUUCUGCCGGGCGGCCUCGGAGUGUGUGGGUCUUGGGUUAGGAUAUCUGGUGUAUUGGGCCUCGUAGGUAAGGUGGCGGGCCUGAGAAUGGCUCAGGGCAGGACGAUUAGGUGAUUGAUAGGAGGGUCUAUGCUCCUCCCCUCCUUUCACUCAUGGGUGCAACUCGCACGGGCGGAAUUCGCCGAUGCAGAUGAGGUCAUGAUUUACGGCGCUGCUUUGCUGGUGAUUGCACGGGGCGCUAGGGAUUGCGUCUAGGGAUGAGCGCGUAUCUUUGCCUAGGCAGGCGGGCAGCGGCGGGGAUCAUGGUGCUCUAUGGCACAGAACUCAAUUGCACAGAAAGGCGGUUGAAAAAAGGACGGUUGGGUACGACUACAUACUUUGCUGUAUCUACUUUUCGCUGUUUCAUAUGUAAACAUCAU